CUCCUCUGCGUCUGUUCUCUGUUCUAGUGUUCUGUUCUUUCUCUCGCUUCUUCCUCUUUUUUUUUUUUUUCGCUGAUAGAAGCUUGGCCUGGGCUUUCUCUUCUUCUUCUUCUUCUUCUUCUUUGUGGGCUCAAUAGCUACUUUUAUUCUUUGGGGUUGCGCUGCUGAGUCCGAACCUGUGAAGAUAGAAGCUAUUUUCUUCCUCUUGUUUUUUGCUGAUAGAAGCUCUGCAUGUUCUCACUCGGUUCGUCCAAAACCCAAAACCUCAUUGAAACCUCAAAAUGAUUAUCAACAGUAGCGUCCGGACAUGUUUCCCACGCUUUCCAUCCUCGUCGGAGACGCAUGUUUUCCGGUCGGCAGUCAAGUUUACUUUCACUCUCCGGCGGCGACUUUUCACCACCUUGUGCUCUGUUUCGGCCACCCAGAAGAAGGAGAAGGAGAAGGAGAAGGAGAAGGUGAUAGUGGUAUCGGGGCCCACCGGGGCCGGGAAGAGCCGGCUGGCACUCGAGCUCGCUAAGGUGCUCAACGGCGAGAUUAUCAGCGCCGACUCUGUCCAGGUAUAUCGGGGUCUUGACGUUGGAUCAGCAAAACCUUCUCCAGGUGAUAGAAAGGAAGUACCACAUCAUCUGGUUGACAUAUUGCACCCAUCUGAAGACUACUCCGUUGGACAAUUUUAUGAGGAUGCAAGGCAAACUACAAGAUGUAUUCUUGAUAAUGGCCGUGUUCCCAUAGUUACUGGUGGCACUGGAUUGUACUUGCGAUGGUUAAUAUAUGGAAAACCAGAUGUUCCUAAAGCCUCAAAAGAGAUCGCAUCUGAAGUGUCUUCUGAGUUGGCAGAUUUAGAAAGAAAUGGACACUGGGAUGCAGCUGUGCAGUUGGUGAUCAAAGCAGGUGACCCUAAGGCUCAAUUUUUGGCUGCUAAUGAUUGGUACCGAUUAAGACGCAGCCUGGAGAUCAUCAAGUCUAGUGGAUCACCUCCAUCUGCCUUCGAAGUACCGUAUAAUUCUUUCCGCAAAGAAUGUGAUUCUAGUGUGGUAGACACUAAUGACAUUAGUUCCUCUGCUGAUGUUGUGGAGGAAGUUAAAUCAAAGGAAUUGGACUAUGACUUCAUUUGCUUUUUCCUCUCAAACCAAAGGGUUGAUCUAUACAGAUCAAUUGAUUGGCGAUGUGAAGAUAUGGUGUCAGGAACUGAUGGUAUCUUGUCUGAGGCCAGAUGGCUUCUUGAUGCGGGUCUUCUUCCAAAUUCCAAUUCAGCAACCAGAGCAAUUGGUUACAGACAAGCUAUGGAGUAUUUAUUAUUAUGUAGGGAGCAAGGAGGCAGUUCUUCACCAAGAGAGUUCUACAACUUUUUGACUGAAUUUCAAAAGGCAUCUAGAAAUUUUGCAAAACGGCAAUUGACAUGGUUUCGUAAUGAGCAUAUCUAUCACUGGCUUGACGCUUCCAAACCCUUGGAUACUGUUCUAAACUUUAUUUGUGAUGCAUACCAUGACAAAAGUGGAAAUUGGGUUGUGCCUGAAUCACUGCAAAUGAAGAAAGAAUUAUCAAGCCGCCGAGAAGAGUCUGAACUAAAGAGCUAUCGAACUAAGAACAGGCAUUUUAUCAGACGUGAAGAUUGUUCAGAUAUUCUAGACUGGAUACAGAGAACACAAGGUCUGAAACAAUGAAUUGGCAUUUAAUCAUUCACUUCCUUGGGGCUUGAUUUUUGCCAAAGCAUGUGAUAUGAUCAACCAGAACUAUAAUUGAGUAGGGAUAAUCUUGUCCUUACCGGCUGAAAAAUCUCAUCACACAGAGUUUGUUUCUUUGGAUAGGUUAGCUGUUAAGGCUCCAGCUUACAGCAGCUUUUAUGUUGAGUCCUCACUGUGAUUUAUGUAUCUUUGCAAAAGCUCAACGACAAUAACUUUUUUAUUAUACAAUCUAAUAUAUGGAUUCAUUUUCUUGAUAAUGGAUCUAGUCUUUAAUAAGCAC